AUGGAAUAAAGAUACUAUUUAGAGUUUUAGUAAAGCUUUGCUAAAAAAUAAAAAACUUAAUACAUUAGUUAUUUCAAUUAAUGGCUACUACUUUAAGUAAGAUUUUUCAUUUAAAAUAGCAACAAUUUAAAUUGUUAAUAAAUAUCUUAUUUUAAUUAAAGUCAAAACCCUCAAAUUUCCUCAGAUUAACUCUCAGUAUUAGGAAUUAAUUUAGCUAACUGCUUUAAAUUAACUGACUUAAAUAUUAGUUUUGGCUUUAAUUGGGACGGUUGUGAAAUGACUCUUGUUAAUUUUGCCAGUCAUCUUUCUAAUUCGAAUAUAAGUUCUUUAACUUUUUCACUUGGAUUAUCCAAUUUUCCUUAAAUAAACCAAAUUUUAUUACCAGGUCUUGGUUAAAACUUUGCUAAGUGUAAAAACCUAAAAAUUUUAAAAGUAGAUUUUGGAGGACCUAGCAGCGAAAACCGUGGAAAUAGAAUUGUCAAGAAUGGAGCUUAUCUUUUCUUUAGCUCUAUCGCAAAUAGUAAUUCUUUAACAACGCUUAAAAUUGAUUUGAAAAAUAAUUCUAUUGGUUGUAAUUCAACAGAUGCUUAUGAUUUUAUAUAGAGCUUAUCAUAAUCCAAUAUCAAAAACUUGGAUUUAAUUUUACAGCAUAAUCGCUUAAAAAGCAUAAAUUAGCUUCCGAAAUCUAUAAGUAAAUUGAAGAAGUUAGAAGUAUUAAACCUAGUGAUUGGUGAGUACUAUGAGCAUUACAUUGAUGAUGAUGAAGUAGGACGUUGUUAUACAAAUUUCUAUAAGACGAAAAACUUAGUUGAUUUUAGUUUUAAAUCAACCUGCUACUGA